AUGUGUGUGUGUUCGCGUGCGCGUGUAUGUUCUUUUGCAGAGCCAGCCUUCGGGGAGGUCAACCAGCUGGGAGGGGUAUUCGUGAACGGGAGGCCUCUACCCAACGCCAUCAGACUCCGCAUAGUGGAACUGGCUCAAUUGGGCAUCCGACCCUGUGACAUCAGCCGACAGUUAAGAGUAUCCCAUGGUUGUGUCAGUAAGAUACUGGCGCGCUACAAUGAGACGGGCUCCAUCUUACCUGGGGCGAUUGGGGGGAGUAAACCUCGGGUCACUACCCCUACAGUUGUGAAACAUAUCCGGACCUACAAACAGAGGGAUCCAGGAAUCUUUGCGUGGGAGAUUCGUGAUCGUUUGCUAGCAGACGGUGUAUGUGACAAGUACAACGUGCCUUCAGUCAGUUCCAUCAGCCGAAUCCUUCGCAACAAGAUUGGGAAUCUAUCUCAGCAGAGCCAGUAUGAUUCUUAUAAACAGCAUCAGCCACCGCCUCAACCCACCUUGCCUUAUAACCACAUAUACUCCUAUCCGAGUCCAAUUACUGCAGCUGCAGCCAAAGUACCGACUCCUCCUGGAGUGCCCGGAAUUCCCAGCAAUAUGGCCAUGCCUAGAACUUGGCCCUCUUCACACUCUGUCACAGAUAUCCUGGGAAUCCGUUCCAUCACGGACCAAGUGAGCGACAGUUCCCCUUUUCAUAGUCCAAAGGUGGAAGACUGGAGCAGUUUGGGCCGCAACACCUUCCCUACCCCUACCCCACACCCAGUCAACGGUCUGGAGAAAGGUUCUUUGGAGCAGGAGGCCAAAUAUGGACAGGCACCAAAUGGCCUCCCAGCCGUCAGCAGUUUUGUGUCAGCAUCCAGCAUGGCUCCUUAUCCUACCCCAACCCAAGUGCCACCUUAUAUGACAUACAGCGCUGCUCCUUCUGGUUAUGUUGCUGGACAUGGUUGGCAGCAUGCUGGCAGCACUCCACUCUCCCCCCACAACUGUGAUAUCCCAGCAUCGCUGACAUUCAAAGGCAUGCAGACAGCCAGAGAAGGUAGUCACUCCGUUACAGCUUCUGCUCUCUGAUAUGAAGUUCAGUUCUGAACAAUUUAGUCCCAACCUUUUUCACUCUGUAUCAGUCAAUUCUCUUCUUUCCUCCAAGGCCACAAUACCUUAUCCCUUCUAUUCCCAAACCUUUCCUCCCUCCUUUUCCAGAUUCACACCCUCUGUGUUAAUGACCCUUAAAUAUUUCUUGUCCUAGCAUCUCUUCCACAGCAAAGCUGAAAUAACUUUAGGAUUCAAAUAACAGAAGCAACAUGAAGAUAUUUUCUAUUGCCCACACAGUGUUUUUACUUAUAGAAGAACCUGUAUCCCUUAAAGGGCUCAAGAAACUUUUUUGAUUUCAUUGAUAAAAUCACACGUGUAUAUUUAUUCUAAAUCAAUCUGAACUUUUAAAAUGUGCAAUUUGUUGUUGAAGUUUGUGAAAAUCAAUAAAGGAAAACAAACAUAGAAAAACGUUA